AUGAGUUGCUCUUCGCUACACCACGGUCACGAACCAUCGACGCUGGCGUCGACGCUGCUCAGCACGAUCCGGUCCAACAUCAUCCCGCUCACCACAUCGGCGGUGGAACGUGGUUGCAAAGUGUUUGGUGCGGCGAUCCUGUCCAAGUCGACGCUCUCGCCCAUCGUGUGCUGCACCAACGACGAAAUCACAUCCCCGCUCUUGCAUGGGGAAAUCAAUACGUUGCUCGAAUUUCACAAACACAACAAUGCGCUCGCCUCAAAGCACGAGCCAAGAAUCGAUCCAAAGGACUGCAUUUUCCUCUCCACGCACGAACCAUGCUCGCUCUGCCUGAGCGCCAUCACUUGGUGCGGCUUUGAUAACUUUUACUACCUCUUCACUUACGUCGACACCAUGGACGCCUUCGACAUCCCGCACGACAUCCAAAUCCUACAGCAGGUCUUCCAGACCGACCCACCGCUCGUCCCCAAACCCAAAGGCCAACGUCUGUACAAUCGCAGCAACUCGUACUGGCAGAGCUUUUCCAUCCACGAUCUCAUCAACCAGAGUCAGCCCGCGCAAAUACCAUCGUUGAUGACUACCAUGCACCAUGUCAAGAACGAGUACAACAGCCUAUCGCACACAUAUCAAGCAAGCAAAGCCCACCACGCCGACGGCCAGAUUCCGCUCGCAUGA